GCCCAUCCACAAGCGGAGACCUAGCCAUGGCAGCCUCUCCGCAGGCGGCGGCCGCCGGCCGUCAUGCGCUCAGCCGCGGGGCCGCGCCGCCGAGGCCGAGGCUUCGCUCUGCUCGGCCGGCCUCGUCGCUCGCACUCCCGCACCGCGCAGUUUCUUGUUUGUUCAGGACACUCCUGCCAAUACCAACGGCCUUUUGCUCAACAGCUCAUGUGCGGUUAACCCCGUGUGCAUCCUUGCCAUCGAGAAGAAACUUUGAAGGCUACAUUCCCCGCAGCUGCUCGGGUUCCUCCUUGAAGAUCUAUACACGGGCAUCGUUGCUAUCUCCCUUGUCAUCUUCAGCCCUCAUGGUGUCUGCCCAGCUUCCCUCUUCUGAUGUAGCCCAGCGGUCAGAGGAGUGGUUUGCUCUCCGCAAGGACAAGCUCACCACAAGCACCUUCAGCACUGCCUUGGGUUUCUGGGCCGGCAACAGACGGUCAGAGCUAUGGAGUGAGAAGGUCUUCGGACCAAGCGACAUCAAGUUGGCGGAUGCAGCCCAGUCUGCCAUGGCCUGGGGAACUAAUCAUGAAAGCAUGGCUGUAGAGCAGUACGCGACCAUCACAGGAAGGUCGGUGGGUUCCCUUGGUUUUGCCGUGCACACUGAGGCUAACUCUGGCUGGCUCGGAGCUUCACCCGACGGCAUUCUGGGGUGUGACCCUGACGGUGGGAUCCUGGAAGUCAAGUGCCCGUACAACAAGGGUAAGCCUGAGAUUGCUCUGCCAUGGCGUAUCGUGCCAUACUACUACAUGCCUCAGGUGCAGGGCCUGAUGGAGAUCAUGGGCAGAGACUGGGUCGACCUCUACUGCUGGACCCCCAACGGGAGCAGCCUCUUCCGGGUGCCUCGGGAUCGUGCAUACUGGGAGCUCAUCCAUGAGGUCCUGCGUGAGUUCUGGUGGGGCAACGUGAUGCCCGCGCGGGAGCUCGCACUGCUCGGGAAGGAGGCGGAGGCAAGAUCAUUCGAGCCGCAGCCCAAGCAUCGGCUCACAAACCUGGUGCUAUAUAGGAGCAGGAAAAUGGCUUCUGAAGCCAAGUUGUUGUGUAGGGAUGUUGGUGGCCAUGUAGAAUUCUUCCCAUGAGUAAUUCUGUCAAUGGAUGUACACUGUAUUCUGAUUAUUCUUGAAAUGAAAUCAUAAAUUACUCA